AUGGCAGCCUCAAGGCCAGUGCUGUCGCUGCUGGUUGCAGCUCUCCUGCUGCACGUGGCCACCUCGCUGAAGAUUGGUGCCUUCAACAUCAGAGCCUUUGGGGACACCAAGAUGGCCAACCAGACCAUCGCAAACAUCAUCGUCUCUAUCCUGUCGGAGUACGACGUCAUUCUGGUGCAGGAGGUCCGGGACGCCGACCUGAGUGCCGUCAAUGACCUCAUGGACCAGCUCAACAGUGCUGGGAAACACCCAUAUGACUUUUUGAUCAGCGUCCCCCUGGGUCGGGGCACCUACAAGGAGCAGUACCUCUUCAUCUACAGGUCAGACAUGGUCUCCGUGCUGGGAAGCUACUACUAUGAUGAUGGCUGUGAGCCCUGUGGGACCGACACCUUCAGCAGGGAGCCCUUCAUUGUGAAGUUCUCCUCACCCACCACACAGGUGCAGCAGUUCGUGUUGGUGCCUCUGCAUUCGGAGCCCAGCCACGCAGGACAGGAGAUCGACGCGCUCUACGACGUCUACACCGAUGUAAUCAACAAGUGGGGGACUAACGACAUGAUCUUCCUGGGUGAUUUCAACGCUGACUGCUCCUACGUGCCCAGCUCCCAGUGGCCGUCCAUCCGCCUGCGCUCCCUGCGCGCCUGCGAGUGGCUGAUCCCCGACAGCGCCGACACCACCGUGGCCGACACCGACUGCGCCUACGACCGCAUCGUGGCCUGCGGCACCGCCCUGCGCCAAGACAUUGAGCCUGGCUCUGCCACUGUCAACAACUUCCAGAAGAAAUUCCAGCUCCAGCUCAAGGAUGCUUUGGCUGUCAGCGACCAUUUCCCAGUGGAGGUGACCCUGAAAGCCCUCUGA